AUGCGCGUCCGGGCAUCCGCUGCCGCUGGCGGCGACGCGAAGCCCACGAACGUCCUCGUCGUGGGGGGCGGCGGCCGGGAACAUGCGCUGAGCUGGCGCCUCGCCGCGUCCCCGUCGUCCGGGUUCGUCUUCUGUGCGCCAGGAAACGCAGGAAUCGCGCAGGAGGACGACGUCACCGUCGUUCCGGGCCUCGACAUCAACAGCCACGACUCCGUGGCCGCCUUCUGCCGCGCCAACGACAUCGGCCUGGUGGUCAUCGGGCCCGAGGCGCCGCUCGUCGACGGCAUGGCCGACGCGCUCGACGCCGCCAACAUCCCCGUGUUCGGCCCCAGCAAGGCCGCCGCUCGCCUCGAGGGAAGCAAAGCCUUCAUGAAGGACAUCUGCAAGGCGGCCAACAUCCCGACGGCAGCGUACGAGGUGUUCACGUCCCCGGACGCGGCGAAGGCGUACAUCCGCGAGCGCGGCGCGCCGAUCGUGAUCAAGACGUCGGGCCUCGCCGCGGGCAAGGGCGUCACGGUGGCCAUGACGGUCGAGGAGGCCCUGGGGGCGGUGGACGCCAUGAUGGUCGACAAGGUGUACGGAGACGCGGGCUCGCAGGUCGUGGUCGAGGACUUUUUGAGCGGCGAGGAGGCGUCGUUCUUCGCGCUGUGCGACGGGUCGGACGCGAUCGCGUUCAUGUCGGCGCAGGACCACAAGCCCGCGUACGACGGCGACAAGGGGCCCAACACCGGAGGCAUGGGGGCGUACUCGCCCGCGCCCGUGAUGACGCCGGAGAUCGAGGAGCGCGUGAUGGCGGAGAUCGUGCGGCCGCUCGUCAAGGGCAUGGCCGACGCAGGCUGCCCCUACAAGGGCGUGUUGUUCGUGGGUCUCAUGAUCGACGACACGGGCGCGCCGCGACUGGUGGAGUUCAACGUGCGGUUUGGCGACCCCGAGUGCCAGGUGCUGCUCACGCGGCUGCAGUCGGACCUGUGCGACGUCCUGGUGCGCGCGUGCGGGUCCCAGCUCGGCGAGAUCACCGUCGAGGCGUCGCCCGACACGGCGCUGACUGUUGUCAUGGCCGCCAAGGGGUACCCGGGGUCGUACAAAAAGGGGACCCCGAUUCUGGGCCUCGACGGCGUGACGGGCGCCAAGGUGUUCCACGCCGGCACCGCGGAGGGCGAGGACGGCGGCAUCGUGGCUGCGGGGGGGCGGGUGCUGAGCGUCACGGCCAGCGGGAGGGACGCGAGGGAGGCGCAGGAGAGGGCGUACGCUGCGGUGGAUCAAAUCGACUGGGAGGACGGGUUCUGCCGGCGGGACAUCGGCUGGCGGGCGGUCGCGCGGCUCGACGGGCAGUAG